CAUUACCAAUGAAGCAGGAGCCUCCAUAUACAGUGUUAGUCCAGAGGCUUGUAAAGAGAUGCCUGAUUUAGACCCUAACCUACGAAGUGCAGAUGCUGGUGAUAUGUUAGUGAUUCCAAACAGCUCUUACCUGGAAAUGAAGUCAAUCAUUUUUACCUGGAAGAAGUUAGUAAUUUCCAUUGCAAGACGUGUACAAGACCCAUUAGCUGAGCUAGUGAAAAUUGAACCCAAACAUAUUGGAAUUGGAAUGUACCAGAACAUUAUUUGGAUAUUACCUGGCAUUUUCUGAAUGACCUUUAGAAAAUGAAGGCUGUGAAUUCCCUUAUUUGAAGAACAGGCCUUUUACCUCCAUGCUACA